AUGAACAAUGGAUCUAGCAUUUUUGAAUUUAUUCUUCUUGGACUUUCCAGUGCUCCUGAACUGGAUAUCCUCUUAUUUUUGGUAUUUCUUGCCAUGUACUUAGUAGCUAUAGCUGGUAAUGUAUGUAUUAUCAUUAUCACAAAUUUAGACCCAGCAUUAAAAACACCAAUGUAUUUCUUCCUUGGUAAUCUCUCCCUUCUGGAUAUAAUCUGCAUUACGUCAGCAGUCCCAAAAAUGUUGUUCAAUUUAUUUACACAGCAAAAAGUUAUAUCAUUCAAUGAAUGUAUUAUCCAGAUGUUCUUUUUCACUGUUGGUAUGGACACUGAGUUUCUUCUGCUAACUUUUAUGUCCUUUGACAGAUAUGUGGCUAUCUGUAACCCAUUAAGGUACCAAAGUAUUAUGAGUAAAAGAUCUUGCUUCAUUAUGUCAAUUGUCGUGUGGGCCUUUGGUUUUUUGAGUUCUUCUUUUCAUUCUUCCAGCACUUUGUGGUUGUCAUUUUGUGGACCAAAAGAAAUCAAUCAUUUUUUUUGUGAAGUCCCUCAGGUACUAGCAUUAUCUUGCUCAAAUAUCUCUUUAAACAAGUAUGUUCUUAUAGUGACUGAUCUUAUAUUAGGGCUUAUCUGCAUUAUCCUAAUUUUUAUCUCGUAUGUAUUCAUAAUUUUUGCUAUAUUGAAUAUCCGUUCUGCUGAAGGCAAGAAGAAAGCUUUCUCUACUUGUGGCUCCCAUAUCACCAUUGUUCUAUUAUUUUAUGGAACAUUAGUUUUUGCCUACUUUAAACCUUCUGAUGAAUCAUUGAAUAUGGACAAAGAGAUUGCUGUGUUUUAUACUAUUGUUAUACCAGUGCUUAACCCAAUUUUAUACAGUUUAAGAAAUAAGGAAGUAAAAUUGUCUAUUCAAAAAGUUAUUUUAAGAAAAGUAGUGCCUAGCUCUAAAUUCUAA